CGACUCUUUAACAAUCGCACCGGACGAUCUUCUACCGCGUGACAUUCAUCGCUUCAAAUCUGUCGAGCUCUCCCGUAUAUUGAGUCAGAUUGGUGACCAACUGGCCACGCUAUGUUUUGGCGAACAUGAUACCAUUGAAUGGGUUAAAGAUUCCGAAAACUGGGAUAGGCCCGAUUUCCGAUUGCCGAAAAGGAUGCCGAAAUUGCAAAAGUAUCGGAACGUGCUGAUCGAUGUUUUUCAGUGUGACGACGUCUUGCAAGACUUGGAAAGGAUGCCCGCCCUGAAAACGCUCGUGAUUGGAAAGACACAUACAGAAGAGUCGACGAGUUUGCAUGAAUUUUUGCAAACCAUUUUCGCAGCUGGGAGUGUUUUUGGGGGUGUGAAGAAUUUAAAGAUUUUUGAGUCGCAUGAUCCCAAGCUUUUGGACGGAUUGAAGGUUGCGUUUCCGAACUUGGUGAGAUUAAAGGUUGGCACGAUUAGCCAGGUGGAUCACCGCGGAGAGCGGAGUGGGAUGAAGUUGGGCGCGGUUCUGAAGGCGUGUGGGGGGUUGGGGAGGGUUGAAACACAUGAAAUUAUCACUGCCCACGUAUCCGGACGAAAUUGUGGAUGUCUUUCGGGGUCUGUUGGGUGGUAUGGAAUUGUAUAAAGGGCUGAAAACGUUAACAAUUUUGAGCUACCAUGGCCCUGACGAGACCCACGAUUUGACGGAGAUCGAGAUGGAGCUCUUUAAACAACUGCUCUUCGCGAUGGAUGGAAUGGACGAGGUCGAAAUUGGGAAUCUUUGCUUUAGCGAAGAAUCUGCCAGAGACAUGUUCGAAUUUAUGGAGGCCCAUAAAAUGUCGGUCUCGAAGUUUAAGAUAUUUGAGGGAAUGGAGUGUCACGACUUUUUGGAAAUUUGAUUUUGUGCUGAAAUAUUUAAAACUACUUUUUUUGAGUAAGCAGCAGCAGCAGCUUGAAUGAGCAGUGUUCUUGAUACAAAAAUGUCACUUUUGGAAUUAGAAGUUUAUCCAUGAAUUGAAAUAAUUUAAUGUUUUCUUAUUCCAUAAUAUUUAAAAAAUUACAUACAUACUAAAUUUAUUAAAUAUUCACUUUGUAUUGUUGAAUAAAGAUAAGGUCACUGGCCUAAUUUAAUUAAAUUGAUUCUGGA